UUCCAGUCUGACUCACACUCACAAACACAAAGACGCUCCUCUAAUCCUCUUUGGUUGCUCCUCGUGUUGGCGUGGUCGUCGUCGUCUUGGUCACUUGGUCUCCAUCUCCUCUUCUUCUUCCACCUCCUCAUGCCCAUGGCGGCUUCCCAUUGAUCCCUUCAACACCGCUCUAUUUUACCAUCCAAUUAGCAAUUAGCGCUAGUUGAGUAUCAUCUCCACUAUUUAUUCUAAUCCAGUGUAAUCAUCCUCCUUUCUUCUCCCAAAAACAAUACCAAAGAAAUCCAAGCACCGCCGCCUCUCUCUGCUCUACCCCCAUCUCACCACCAAGCUCCCCCCUCCAUUUUGAUACUAAAAAUUCAGCAACUCGCCAGGGAGAGCAGGGUCGAUCCAAGAAUCGAUUGCUGUUCGGUUCUUGGAUUGGAGAGACGGGACGGGAGAAGAAGAAGAAGAAGAAAGAAAAGAUUGCAGUCUUUUGUGUUGUUGAGGUAGAAGGAGAAGAGGAGGAGGUGGGGGAAAGAUGUCGCGAGGAGGAGGGAGCUACGGGGAGGUGGGGCAGAAGAUCGACUACGUGUUCAAGGUGGUGCUGAUCGGCGACUCCGCGGUGGGGAAGUCGCAGCUGCUGGCGCGGUUCGCCCGCAACGAGUUCAACCUCGACUCCAAGGCCACCAUCGGCGUCGAGUUCCAGACGCGAACCCUCCACAUCGACGCCCGCACCGUCAAGGCCCAGAUCUGGGACACCGCCGGCCAGGAAAGGUACCGAGCAGUAACAAGUGCAUACUACCGUGGUGCAGUGGGAGCUAUGUUAGUAUAUGACAUAACAAAGCGUCAGUCAUUUGAUCAUGUAGCUAGGUGGCUCGAGGAGUUAAGAGGCCAUGCUGACAAGAACAUUGUUAUUAUGCUUAUCGGUAACAAAUCUGAUCUAGGCACGCUUCGGGUUGUACCGACUGAGGAUGCAAAGGAAUUUGCUGAGCGUGAGAAUCUCUUCUUCAUGGAGACCUCUGCUCUUGAGUCUACCAAUGUUGAAAAUGCUUUCAUGACCGUACUUACGGAGAUUUACCGUAUUGUCAGCAAGAAAAACCUUGUUGCAAAUGAGGAGGUUGAUUCUAGCGGAAACUCGAGCUUACUGAAAGGUACAAAAAUUGUUGUCCCAGGUCAGGAGCCAGCCCCUCCAACCAAAGCAUCAUGUUGUAUGUCCUAGGCAUAGCAUUGUACUGUGUUGUUUCGGAGUUUACUCCUGCCAUAUCAACACUGAAUAGCUGGGAUUCCUGUGAGUAAAGAUGAAAAGGUCUACAUGUGGACAGUUAACUCACAUAUGUUGUAAUUUUAUGAAUCACUCUUUUUUGUAUCUGAUUGUGUGAUGGUGUGUGUAGUCAUUUAGAGCAUUCUCAGAUAUAAUUGGCCCAAUCUUAUCUGUUUGCUAUAUCAUUCUUAUCCAAGCACAAAACAUAUAUGCAUUUGUUUACCUUACUUACCUGUGUAAUAAAAAAAAUGGGAGAUACUAACCUUUAA